CCCACUACAUUUAUCUGGAUAUUUCUAACCUCCUUGGACACACAAUGUGCAGAGGACUAGCAGCACUCCCUAAUAACUGCCUGGAAAGAAUUAUAUGUGUACUCGGCAGGGCUAAAGGGUUAAAAGCACGCAUGAGCAGCUUUCUGCAGAAGCAAGACUGGAAGCUUCUGUGCUAUGCUUACAAACUGAGAAAACCAAGACUGAACUUGGAGGAAUGCUUGACGUGGAAGGAGUCUUUUGAAAAUCUGCUAUCUAGCAAACAUGGACUAUAUGCCUUUAGAGCUUUUCUGGUGUCUGAAUUUAGCGAGGAGAACAUCGCCUUCUAUCUGGCCUGCAAGGAUUAUAAAAACACAAAGUCUGAAGCCAAACUCCAGGCCAAAGCUCAGAGGAUUUAUAACGAGUUUAUUGGAAGUGAAGCUCCAAGAGAGGUCAACAUUGACCACGAAACUCGAGACAUUACCCAAGCCAACAUCAAGCUCCCUACAGCAACCUGCUUCGAUCAAGCUCAGCACCGAAUCUACAUCCUCAUGGAAAAGGACUGCUACCCACGAUUCCUCCGCUCCAGUGCUUACCGUGACCUGGUGAGCCAGCUAACCAAAAAGAACACCAAAGCUGCGACCAAGAAAGCCUGAGCAGCUUUUCCCCAAAUGUUAAAAUGAAGCUAAAGGGAUGAGAGAAGAAGUGCUGAACCUCUGAUGGACGGGAUCCCAGACUUUUUGAGAUGGCCCCCGUGCUGAUCCUGAUGUAGGAGAGCAGGCCUGUAAAUGAGGAAGAAGAGGAAGAUGGCAGCUUCAGAUCAUAAACUGUAGCAGCCUAGAGUGGGAGAAGACUUCCACAUUGUGUUUCUUUCAUGGGAUGAAAGAGAAAAUCAUGGAAAGGACUUGUGUAGCACCUCCGCCAUAACCACACCAACAUGCUGGGAGCAACCAUCCACAAUUUGGAUAUGCAAAAGCUCUUUAAAUUACAAUAAAUACUUUUUUUGACACUUACAUUCUGAUAAGGAGGCUAAUUAAAUGACAAUUAUUUAUUUCUAUAUUUAUUGAUAUAUUUAUUUACUUACUUUUAAUCUAAUAUACUGUAUUUCUUGAAAAUAGUGUCUUUUUUGAGAAUGUGUGCAAUAUUUUCUUGAAUGACUGUACUCUCUGAAGUGAAUAUAUAAAUAAAUAAAUACAGAUGAAACUCCCAUAUUGUCCUGAUUAUAUGCACUUCACUUUUCUUUGACUUAGCACACAUAUU